AUGUCAACAGACAUGGCCGACGCAUCCUAUUAUGCCUCGGAGCUCCUGAGGUUGGUCAGGGUGAUCGAGGAUGCGCGGUAUGGCAUGGUCGCGGCGUACUCUCUGGGUGUCUACGAGUGGUUGCUGUCCCUUGACGAGGAGAUACUCCUCAUAAUUCGUGCGCCCUGGACAGCGAUGAAGUUCGCGUAUCUCUUCUGCAGAUACUAUUACCUCAUUUACUGGCCACUCAUGCUUUGGGCCUUCGUCGGCAAUCACAAUUACUCGUUAUGCCUUGGACUCACACGACCUGUCAAUGCCCUCUUGAUGCCCAUGCAAUUUAUCUCUCAAGGUAUUAUGGCGAUGCGCGCCUAUGCCUUUACGGGGCGCAACAAACGGAUCGCAAUCCUUCUUGUUACCUGCUAUACCUUGCUUGUCGGCGUCGAUAUCUGGACCUUCACGAUACACAUUUUGCUGCCGCCUCAGGAGCUGUAUACCCUUCUUGGAGGCACUGGCUGUUUUCCGAACUAUGGCGACAAGAGCCUCGCAUUUCGCUACGGUAUUUGCAUGCUUGCCGCCGUGCUCAUGGACCUCGUCUCGCUAAUCUCCAUGCUCUCGUAUCACCGCCACUUCGACAACAGCCCGGGAUCGCUCAGCCGCGUCUUUAUUUCUCAAGGCCUAUUCGUCUUCGCCUGCGUCGCGCUAAUGAACGCCGUUGGUGCGAUCAUAUAUUUCAAUCCCAUCACGCAUUAUAGCGGGAUUUUCCUGCCCGUGGUCGUGAUUACCUCCAAUGUCCUGGCCUGUCGAAUUAUUCUGCACCUCCGACGCAAGGCGUACCCGACUUCCUCUGAACUCAUGCGCCAGCACUCGAUUCUCGUCCGCGAGGACCUACGCACGCGCGACGAGAGUCAGCCGCCGCCGACGCCCUUGCACUAUCAGCGCAGCAGCCCCGACCCGUGGACGCAUAGGUAGCAUUCGUGGACACACAAUCCCUGAUCCCAGACUCGACUCUUGGAUGCUGAGGCGAUCGCUCCGCGAACACAGAGAGGACGAUCGUACGGAUCCCUCGGGCGAUUCCAUCCACCCCUCGGACGGAUGUAGUGCACUGCUCGGACCACUCAAUAGACAAUCCCCCCAUCACACACACUGUACACUAUUCCGACAAGCAAGCUCUUGUAACGUUAUGCGUAAUGUAUUGUACUAGUCUUUGAUAACCUCUUUGGGGUACAGUC